UUCUACUCUGGGCGGGGAGUCUCUCUCCUAAUCCCCUCUCCUCCCCCUGCCCACCCCACUUGGAACCAAUAUGGAGGACGCUGCCUGCUGCGGAGAUCACCACUGCUAUUGCAGCUGCUGCUCCUGAUCCCUGAAGAGGCUGCAACAUCCCUAUUUCCCCUCCCAUCAGCUUCCUGCUGCACUGAUUGCAAUUCCCCUCCAUGCUCCCUCCCCCUUCCUCCUGCAAUUGUCUCUGCUGCUGCUCUUGCCCGCAUGCACUGAAUCUGUGCAUUCACAUACAGCCCCCUAGGUGGCUGCUGGAGGUGAAGAGGGGAUUCCGGGAGAGCUGCAAUUCCACAGAUAUCUUCAUGUUCCUCUAUUUAUUGUUGCCACCAGCACCCACCCCUAUCUCGGUGCAUCUUUCUGCUGCCUGGAUUUCCGCGUCGGCUGCUGCUAGAAGGUGAAACCGGGACCUGAAGACAAAAAACAGACACACCUUCCUCUUCCCAGGCACCAGCGGGGGAGCAGCGAGUGGAUCAGGGUGGUGCUGGUUGGGGAUCUUGUCUGGAGGAGCCGCCACUGCACGCAGCAGCCAUGAGCAGCUCCACUACCACCACCUCCACUACCAGCAGCAGCAACGCCGGAGAAGGGGCUGACGAGGCGGCCAAAGACUCUGCAGACAUCGCGGCAUUUUUCCGAGCCGGUUUUCGCAAAAAUGAUGAAAUGAAGGCUAUGGAUGUAUUACCAAUUUUAAAGGAAAAAGUUGCCUAUCUUUCAGGUGGCAGAGAUAAACGUGGAGGCCCCAUUCUGACCUUUCCAGCUCGCAGCAAUCAUGACAGAAUACGACAAGAGGACCUUAGGAGACUAAUCUCAUAUCUAGCUUGUAUCCCUAGUGAAGAAGUGUGUAAACGAGGAUUCACAGUGAUUGUAGACAUGCGUGGAUCUAAAUGGGACUCUAUUAAGCCUCUGCUAAAGAUUUUACAGGAAUCCUUUCCCUGUUGUAUUCAUGUUGCACUGAUAAUCAAGCCAGACAACUUCUGGCAAAAACAAAGGACUAACUUCGGCAGCUCUAAGUUUGAAUUUGAGACUAACAUGGUAUCUCUGGAAGGCCUUACCAAAGUAGUUGACCCCUCUCAGCUAACUCCAGAAUUUGAUGGCUGUUUGGAGUAUAACCACGAAGAAUGGAUUGAAAUCAGAGUUGCCUUUGAGGACUACAUUAGCAGUGCAACCCACAUGCUGUCUAGACUGGAGGAACUGCAGGAUAUAUUGUCUAAAAAGGAAUUGCCUCAGGACUUGGAGGGUGCUCGAAAUAUGAUUGAGGAGCAUUCACAAUUGAAAAAGAAAGUCAUUAAGGCCCCUAUUGAGGACCUUGACUUGGAAGGACAAAAGCUUCUCCAGCGGAUACAGAGCAGUGAAAGUUUCCCCAAGAAGAACUCUGGGUCAGGGAACGCAGACUUGCAGAACCUUUUACCCAAAGUGUCCACCAUGUUGGACCGGCUGCACUCAACUCGGCAGCAUCUGCAUCAGAUGUGGCAUGUGCGGAAGUUGAAACUGGACCAAUGUUUUCAGCUCAGGCUGUUUGAGCAGGAUGCUGAAAAGAUGUUUGACUGGAUCACACACAACAAAGGUCUGUUUCUGAAUAGCUACACAGAGAUUGGAACUAGUCAUCCCCAUGCUAUGGAGCUGCAGACACAGCACAAUCAUUUUGCCAUGAACUGUAUGAAUGUAUAUGUUAACAUAAACCGCAUCAUGUCAGUAGCAAAUCGUUUGGUUGAGUCUGGGCAUUAUGCUUCACAGCAGAUUAAACAGAUUGCUAGUCAGUUGGAGCAGGAGUGGAAGGCAUUUGCUGCAGCCUUGGAUGAACGAAGCACUUUACUGGAUAUGUCCUCCAUCUUCCACCAGAAAGCUGAACAGUAUAUGAACAAUGUGGAUUCAUGGUGUAAGGCCUGUGGUGAAGUAGAACUUCCUUCUGAACUACAAGAUUUAGAAGAUGCCAUUCAUCAUCAUCAAGGAAUAUAUGAGCAUAUCAGUUUGGCUUAUUCAGAGGUGAGCCAAGACGGGAAGUCAUUACUUGAUAAACUUCAGCGACCUUUGACCCCUGGAAGCUCUGACUCAUUAACAGCUUCUGCUAACUACUCUAAGGCAGUGCAUCAUGUUCUGGAUGUCAUCCAUGAAGUACUGCACCACCAGCGACAAUUGGAGAACAUUUGGCAGCAUAGAAAGGUCCGCCUGCACCAACGGCUUCAAUUGUGUGUUUUUCAACAGGAUGUCCAACAGGUGUUGGAUUGGAUUGAGAACCAUGGAGAAGCUUUCCUGAGCAAACACACUGGGGUAGGAAAGUCCCUGCAUCGGGCCAGAGCUUUGCAGAAACGUCAUGAAGACUUUGAAGAAGUAGCACAGAACACAUAUACCAAUGCAGAUAAGUUACUAGAAGCAGCCGAGCAGCUGGCUCAGACGGGGGAGUGUGACCCAGAAGAGAUUUAUCAAGCUGCACAUCAGUUGGAAGACAGAAUCCAGGAUUUUGUUAGGCGUGUGGAGCAACGCAAGAUCCUGCUGGACAUGUCUGUGUCCUUUCAUACUCACGUUAAAGAGCUGUGGACAUGGCUUGAGGAAUUACAAAAAGAACUGCUUGAUGAUGUUUAUGCAGAGUCUGUGGAGGCAGUACAAGAGCUGAUCAAACGCUUUGGCCAGCAGCAGCAGACCACUUUACAGGUUACUGUCAAUGUCAUCAAGGAAGGGGAGGAUCUUAUACAGCAACUAAGGGAUUCUGCCAUUUCUAGUAACAAGACCCCUCACAACAGUUCCAUCAAUCACAUAGAGACAGUCCUGCAGCAGCUGGAUGAGGCCCAGUCUCAAAUGGAGGAGCUUUUUCAGGAACGCAAGAUCAAGCUUGAACUCUUCCUGCAGCUACGCAUAUUUGAGAGAGAUGCAAUAGAUAUAAUUUCAGACCUUGAAUCGUGGAAUGAUGAGCUCUCUCAACAGAUGAAUGACUUUGACACUGAAGAUCUUACAAUAGCAGAGCAGAGACUCCAGCACCAUGCAGACAAAGCCCUGACCAUGAAUAACCUGACGUUUGAUGUCAUCCACCAAGGCCAAGAUCUGCUACAGUAUGUCAAUGAAGUGCAGGCCUCUGGUGUGGAGCUACUUUGUGACAGAGAUGUAGAUAUGGCAACUCGUGUUCAGGAUCUGCUGGAAUUUCUUCAUGAGAAGCAACAGGAGCUGGACUCGGCAGCGGAACAGCAUCGGAAACACUUGGAACAGUGUGUACAGCUGCGCCACCUGCAGGCUGAAGUCAAACAGGUGCUGGGCUGGAUCCGAAAUGGGGAGUCUAUGUUAAAUGCAGGGCUUAUCACAGCUAGCUCCCUGCAGGAGGCAGAACAGCUGCAAAGGGAACACGAGCAGUUCCAGCAUGCUAUAGAGAAAACACAUCAAAGUGCACUGCAAGUGCAGCAGAAAGCAGAGGCGAUGCUUCAGGCUAAUCAUUAUGAUAUGGAUAUGAUCAGGGACUGCGCUGAGAAAGUUGCUUCUCAUUGGCAACAACUGAUGCUCAAGAUGGAGGACCGUCUCAAACUUGUGAAUGCUUCCGUUGCCUUCUAUAAAACAUCAGAGCAGGUGUGCAGUGUUCUGGAAAGUCUGGAGCAGGAAUAUAAGCGGGAAGAAGACUGGUGUGGGGGAGCAGACAAAUUGGGUCCUAAUUCUGAAACAGAUCACGUGACCCCUAUGAUAAGCAAGCACCUUGAACAAAAAGAAGCAUUUCUCAAGGCUUGUACGCUGGCCCGGAGGAAUGCUGAUGUCUUCCUGAAAUAUCUGCACAGGAAUAGUGUAAACAUGCCAGGGAUGGUGACUCACAUCAAAGCUCCUGAACAACAAGUCAAAAACAUCUUAAAUGAACUCUUCCAGAGGGAGAACCGUGUGCUACAUUACUGGACCAUGAGAAAAAGGCGUCUUGACCAGUGUCAGCAGUAUGUCGUCUUUGAAAGAAGUGCCAAACAGGCUUUGGAAUGGAUCCAUGACAAUGGAGAGUUUUAUUUAUCCACGCAUACCUCCACUGGUUCCAGUAUCCAUCACACUCAAGAGUUGUUAAAAGAACAUGAAGAAUUUCAGAUCACUGCAAAGCAAACCAAAGAGAGGGUGAAGCUGUUGAUACAGCUGGCUGAUGGCUUUUGUGAAAAAGGGCAUGCCCAUGCAGCAGAGAUUAAAAAAUGUGUCACAGCAGUGGACAAGAGGUACAGAGACUUCUCUCUGCGCAUGGAGAAAUAUAGGACCUCUUUAGAAAAAGCCCUGGGGAUUUCUUCUGAUUCAAAUAAAUCAAGCAAAAGCCUACAGCUGGAUAUAAUCCCAGCUAGUGUUCCUGGGUCAGAGGUGAAACUGCGAGAUGCUGCUCAUGAGCUUAAUGAAGAAAAGCGAAAAUCUGCCCGCAGGAAAGAGUUCAUUAUGGCUGAGCUCAUUCAGACAGAAAAGGCUUACGUAAGAGAUCUCCGGGAAUGUAUGGAUACAUAUCUAUGGGAGAUGACCAGUGGCGUUGAGGAGAUCCCUCCUGGCAUUGUAAACAAAGAACACAUUAUCUUCGGAAACAUGCAGGAAAUCUAUGAGUUCCAUAAUAACAUAUUCUUAAAGGAGUUGGAGAAAUACGAACAGUUACCAGAAGAUGUUGGACACUGCUUUGUAACUUGGGCAGACAAGUUCCAAAUGUAUGUAACAUAUUGCAAAAAUAAGCCAGAUUCCACCCAGCUGAUAUUGGAGCAUGCAGGAGCAUAUUUUGAUGAAAUACAACAGCGACAUGGAUUGGCCAACUCUAUCUCCUCUUACCUUAUCAAACCUGUCCAGAGGAUAACAAAAUAUCAGCUCCUUUUAAAGGAGCUGCUCACCUGCUGUGAAGAAGGUAAAGGUGAGAUUAAAGAUGGCCUGGAGGUAAUGCUUAGUGUGCCAAAGCGAGCCAAUGAUGCCAUGCACCUCAGCAUGCUGGAAGGGUUUGAUGAGAAUAUUGAAUCUCAGGGAGAGCUCAUCCUUCAGGAAUCCUUCCAAGUUUGGGACCCCAAAACUUUAAUCCGAAAGGGUCGUGAGAGGCACCUCUUCCUCUUUGAGAUGUCCUUGGUCUUCAGUAAAGAGGUGAAGGACUCCAGUGGGAGGAGCAAGUACAUAUACAAGAGCAAAUUGUUUACUUCAGAGCUGGGUGUCACAGAGCAUGUAGAAGGAGAUCCAUGCAAAUUUGCACUGUGGGUAGGAAGGACACCAACUUCUGACAACAAAAUUGUGCUUAAGGCUUCCAGUAUAGAAAACAAACAAGACUGGAUCAAACACAUCCGGGAAGUGAUACAAGAAAGAACCAUUCAUCUGAAAGGAGCAUUGAAAGAGCCAAUCCACAUCCCCAAAACAGCUCCAACAACUAAGCAGAAAGGAAGGAGAGAUGGAGAGGACCUGGACAGUCAGGGAGAUGGCAGCAGCCAGCCUGAUACUAUUUCAAUUGCAUCACGAACCUCCCAGAACACACUAGAUAGUGAUAAGUUGUCAGGUGGCUGCGAAUUAACUGUGGUCAUCCAUGACUUCACAGCAUGCAACAGCAAUGAGCUGACAAUCCGCCGUGGUCAGACAGUGGAGGUUCUAGAGAGGCCACAUGACAAGCCUGAUUGGUGUCUGGUACGAACUACAGAUCGAUCCCCUGCUGCAGAAGGGCUUGUUCCCUGUGGGUCACUUUGCAUUGCCCACUCUAGAAGCAGCAUGGAGAUGGAGGGUAUAUUUAACCACAAAGACUCUCUUUCAGUCUCCAGUAACGAUGCCAGUCCUCCUGCCUCAGUAACAUCACUUCAGCCCCAUAUGAUUGGUGCACAGAGCUCUCCAGGCCCCAAACGCCCUGGCAACACCCUAAGAAAAUGGCUUACCAGUCCAGUGAGGCGCCUUAGCAGUGGGAAGGCAGAUGGGCAUGUCAAGAAAUUAGCACAUAAGCAUAAGAAGAGUAGAGAAGUCCGCAAAAGUGCUGAUACUGGCUCUCAGAAGGAUUCAGAUGAUAGUGCUGCUACUCCACAAGAUGAAACGAUUGAAGAGAGAGGACGGAAUGAGGGGCUGAGCAGUGGCACUCUCUCCAAAUCCUCAUCUUCUGGCAUGCAGAGCUGUGGAGAGGAAGAAGGUGAAGAAGGAGCAGAUGCUGUACCACUUCCCCCUCCAAUGGCAAUUCAGCAACACAGUCUACUCCAACCAGACUCCCAGGAUGACAAGACAUCUUCUCGAUUAUUGGUACGCCCCACUAGCUCUGAGACACCCAGUGCAGCAGAGUUAGUCAGCGCAAUUGAGGAGCUCGUCAAAAGUAAAAUGGCACUGGAAGAUCGUCCGAGUUCACUGUUGGUAGAUCAAGGUGACAGCAGCAGUCCAUCUUUCAACCCUUCAGACAACUCCCUUCUCUCAUCCUCGUCACCCAUAGAUGAGAUGGAAGAAAGGAAAUCCAGCUCUUUAAAAAGACGACACUAUGUCUUACAGGAAUUAGUGGAGACGGAACGAGAUUACGUCCGAGAUCUGGGUUAUGUAGUUGAGGGUUACAUGGCACUUAUGAAAGAAGACGGUGUACCUGAUGACAUGAAGGGGAAAGACAAGAUUGUAUUUGGCAACAUUCACCAGAUUUAUGACUGGCACAGAGACUUCUUUUUAGGAGAAUUGGAGAAGUGCCUUGAAGAUCCAGAAAAACUGGGAUCCCUCUUUGUUAAGCAUGAGAGAAGGUUGCACAUGUACAUAGUUUACUGCCAAAACAAACCAAAGUCUGAGCACAUUGUCUCGGAAUACAUUGAUACAUUUUUUGAGGACUUAAAGCAGCGUCUCGGCCACAGACUUCAGCUCACAGACUUGCUAAUAAAACCAGUGCAGCGAAUUAUGAAAUACCAAUUGUUACUCAAGGACUUCCUCAAAUACUCUAAAAAAGCUAACCUUGACACAACAGAACUAGAGAAAGCUGUAGAGGUCAUGUGCAUAGUACCAAAACGGUGCAACGACAUGAUGAAUGUUGGCCGCCUGCAAGGGUUUGAUGGUAAAAUUGUAGCCCAGGGUAAGCUCCUGCUACAGGACACAUUCCUGGUCACAGACCAAGACACAGGACUUCUGCCACGUUGCAAAGAAAGGCGUGUCUUCCUGUUUGAACAGAUUGUCAUAUUCAGUGAGCCACUAGAUAAAAAGAAAGGUUUCUCCAUGCCGGGAUUCUUGUUUAAAAACAGUAUCAAGGUGAGUUGUCUUUGCCUGGAGGAAAACGUGGACAAUGAUCCUUGUAAAUUUGCACUAACAUCAAGAAUGGGUGAUGUCACAGAGACCUUUGUUUUGCAUUCUGCCAAUCCAGGCAUGCGCCAGUUGUGGAUCCAUGAAAUCAACCAAAUUCUGGAAAACCAGCGUAAUUUUUUGAAUGCCUUGACAUCACCAAUUGAGUAUCAGAAGAACCACAGUAGUGGUGGCGGUGGCAGCAGCAACAGCAGUGGCCCCAGCAGCUGUAGUGGAAUUACCAGCUCCAGCCGUAGCAGGCCCUCCCGGAUCCCCCAGCCUGUCAGACACCAUUCCCCAGUCCUGGUCUCCUCUGCAGCCUCCGCCCAAGCAGAGGCAGACAAGAUGUCAGGUAUGUCCAUUCAUAAUCCCUCCCUGCCACCCCACAGCACAUCCCUAGAGACUGGCCUCAGCCAGCCAGGCAGGCACCCUCCCAUUGCAGAAACGGAUGGUCCUGAGAGAAAAGCUGAGCAGAUUCCCAAGAUGAAAGUUAUUGAGAGCCCCAGGAAGACAGCUGGAAACGUUUCUGGGUCAGCAGACGGAGCCCAGAAAGAAUUGCGCGGGAGCUUGGAGGACAAUCGUUCAAGGAGCAACAUAGGAUCUCUGACGCUUGGGAAGCCAAGGCCAGGAGCCAUCUCUCCAAUGAACUCUCCUCUCUCCACGACUUUCCCUUCUCCUCUUGGCAAGGAAACCUUUCCACCCAGCAGCCCCCUGCAGAAGGGCUCCUUUUGGAGCUCCAUCCCAGCAUCCCCUGCCAGCCGCCCUGGCUCCUUCACUUUCCCUGGGGACAAUGACUCCCUCCAGCGCCAGGUCCACCGCCACUCUUCACACAGCAAGGACACAGACCGCAUGAGCACAUGCUCUUCGACCAGCGAGCAGUCAGUUCACUCCACCCAAAGUAAUGGGAGUGAAAGUAGCAGCAGUAGCAAUAUCUCCACCAUGUUGGUGACACACGAUUACACGGCAGUGAAGGAGGAUGAGAUAAAUGUCUACCAAGGAGAGGUCGUGCAAAUUUUAGCCAGCAACCAACAGAACAUGUUUUUGGUGUUCAGAGCCGCCACUGACCAGUGCCCUGCAGCCGAGGGCUGGAUUCCUGGCUAUGUCUUGGGGCACACCAGUGCAGUCAUCAUUGAUAACCAUGAUGGAACAAUGAAGAAGUCAACAUCUUGGCACACAGCACUCCGUUUAAGGAAAAAAUCUGAGAAAAAAGACAAAGACGGCAAAAGGGAAGGCAAGCUAGAAAAUGGUUAUCGAAAAUCCCGUGAAGGACUUGCCAAUAAGGUUUCGGUUAAGCUUCUCAACCCCAAUUACAUUUAUGAUGUUCCCCCAGAGUUUAUAAUACCAUUGAGUGAGGUCACAUGUGAGACAGGAGAGACCAUCGUUUUUAGGUGUAAAGUCUGUGGUCGCCCCAAAGCUUCAGUAACUUGGAAGGGCCCUGACCAUAACACCCUAAGUAAUGACAGUCACUACAGCAUCUCAUACAGUGAUUUAGGAGAGGCAUCCUUGAAAAUCAUUGGUGUGACCACAGAAGACGAUGGUAUCUAUACUUGUAUAGCUGCAAACGAUAUGGGUUCGGUUUCAUCUUCAGCCAGUCUACGAGUUUUAGGUCCUGGAAGUGAUGGGAUCAUGGUAAUCUGGAAAGACAACUUUGAUUCCCUGUACAGUGAAGUGGUUGAGCUUGGCAGGGGCAGAUUUUCUGUUGUUAAGAAAUGUGAUCAGAAAGGAACCAAACGAGCAGUGGCCACUAAGUUUGUGAACAAGAAAUUGAUGAAACGAGACCAGGUUACCCAUGAACUCGGAAUCAUGCAGAAUCUCCAACAUCCCCAGCUUAUUGGCCUUCUAGAUACCUUUGAGACUUCCACCAGCUACAUCUUAGUAUUAGAGAUGGCUGAUCAGGGUCGCUUUCUAGACUGUGUUGUGCAAUGGGGAAACCUCACUGAAGGGAAAAUCAGGCUGUAUCUGGGAGAGAUUCUGGAAGCUGUACAGUAUCUUCACAACUGCAGAAUAGCACAUCUGGACCUAAAGCCUGAAAACAUUCUGGUGGAUCAGAGUUCAGCUAAACCAACAAUAAAACUGGCUGACUUUGGAGAUGCCGUCCAGCUUAAUACCACCUAUUAUAUCCACCAGUUACUUGGGAACCCAGAGUUUGCAGCUCCUGAAAUUAUCCUCGGAAAUCCUGUCUCACUAACCUCAGAUGUUUGGAGCAUCGGAGUGCUCACAUAUGUCCUUCUUAGUGGCGUCUCUCCUUUCCUGGAUGAAAGUGUAGAGGAAACUUGCCUGAAUAUUUGCCGCUUAGACUUUAGUUUCCCAGAUGACUACUUCAAAGGAGUUAGCCAAAAGGCCAAAGAUUUUGUAUGUUUUCUACUUCAGGAUGACCCAGCUAAGCGUCCUUCUGCAGCAUUGGUCCUUCAAGAGCAAUGGCUGCAGCUGGGGAAUAGCAAAAAUGUUGACAGCAUUGACAUAUCCAGACUGACUUCGUUCAUUGAGCGGCGAAAACACCAGAAUGAUGUUCGACCCAUUCGUAGCAUUAAAAACUUCUUACAGAGCAGGCUCUUGCCAAGAGUUUGACCUCACUUGAAAUUCUCUCUCAUUCUCUUUCACCUGCCAAUCCUACUGGAGAUGGAAAUCUCCUGCCAAUCAGCUGUUGACUUGAAUUUUGGAGACUAAAACAGAGCCAAUCAGCUGCUAGAAUGUUCGUGUGAAAAUGCAUUCCAAGUAACCCUGCACAUAGUAGUACUUGGGACUAGCAAUGCAAACUAUGCUGAGGUGGAGGCCUAUAGCAUUGUACUCUGUGAAAGACAGUCAAGAGUAUUACAGUAACAGUGUUUUAUUCAGGUUUCUGCAAAAAAACACUUUUUUUUAAAAAAACUAAUAGAAUUUUGCAAACGAACUUACCAUUUUCAAGAUUUGUUUGAGGAAAUAAAUGCCUAUGUUCAAAGCACUGGGAUUGACAAACAGACAUGGACAAAUACCAAAUCACACCUGGAGAAGACUCACCAAAUUGGCUGCCCAUUGAUAUGGCCUCCAUUGAUGUCCAUUUUUUCACUUGGUCCUAGAGCUUUCCAGUUGCCUCACCUGUAUAUAUCUCACAUAGCAGUGCACUGAGAUCAGACUCUGCUUUUAAGUGCAUCCAACCUCAAAAUUUUUGCAUAAAAUAGAAUGAAUCAUUUUGCUCUGAUAAAAUGUAGGCCUUACUUGUAUAUAGACUGUUACCUGCCUUCAGUCUGUAAUUUUUCUCUCCCUCUCCCUCCUCCCUAAAUGGUGGUAUACCACUGUGCGGGUCUUCAGUUCAGGUCAGCCCUUGCUGUCCUAUUCGAAAAGGACUUUGGGUUGGUGCCCAGCCUGCCAAUCUUAUUGUCGAGCAGUGUACAGCAGGAUGAAAAUACUGUAAAUGCACUCAUUUGGAAUUUUGUUUUAUUUCAUAUCAUGUGCAAUGUUGUGGCUUUAACAUUUUAUGCAACUAUUUAUGAAGACCUCUGUUGUAACUGUAAUAAAUAUAUAGAAAAAGCACAUUCUUAGUAUGGCGAGCUUUAUGGUUUUGUUUGUGUGUUUGGAGUUUCUGGGUGGGUGAGGGAUAUUGUAUCAUACUGUCAUUAGUUUAAUUAUCAGAUUUUAGCAUAAAACUUAGAAAAGAACCUUGUGAGUUUUAAGGAUUGUAAAUAAAUAAGUUAGGUAUUCAUAACCAGAAUCACAAACUGGAUAAGAAAUAGGGUGACAUUUAAAAAAAAAUAUUAUUACAUUAUUCAAAAUGCCAAAGUAUUACUUUCCCAAACCAAUC